AUGGCAUCAUCACAUCACCAGCCCGCCGGGACAACUAUCAAUGAUUUACCAAACGAGCUCCUCGACCGCAUUGUAAGCAGCUUUGCAACAAGCCAAGACCCCGAGGGCAAGCACGUCGACAAGGAUUACGUAUACAGCAUCUGGCACCAGAAUCGGCCAACUCUGAGGAGUCUCGUCCUCGUGUCGAAGCGGUUCCGUCACAUAGCCGAGGCUCACCUCUACGCUGCCUUCUGCUAUGAUGUGCACCGGCAGAAAUUGCGGCGCUUUGUCCAAACCCUGCUGGCUCGUCCCAGCCUAGCGAGGCAUGUCAAGCUCGUUUAUCUGGAGAGCUGGAGCGGCGAGGCAAUGCCGUUCGAGGGCGACAGCUGGCGAGCAACAGCAGAAAAGGCCGGAUUCGAAGGCGAAGAACGGUCCCGCUUCAUGGCCGACAUGAGCAAGGGAAGCCUGUUUGCAGACGUGAUUCUGCUUCUCACCGUCGCCACCCAUCUGGCCGUCCUCGACAUCGAGAUACCCUACGAGCCCAUGUCGUGGAUUCGUCCGUUCCUGCUGCGCCAGGCUCGCAUCCAGCGCGCUUUAGGUCCCGAGCCCGAGGGCCCGCUGCACAGACUGCAGCACGUCGAGCUCUGGCAUGAGGACACCGAAGGCGGCUUCCACCCCGACGCCAUCGCCGAGUUUCUACACCUGCCAUCACUUCGACACGUCACGGCGUUCAUGUGCGCCGGGGGCCCCCGGUCCGACGGUGAUGAUGACGAUGCGGCAGAAGAAGACGACGACGAAGGAGCGCGUCCAAACACUGCCGUCUGGCCCGAACCCGGCACGUCCAGCGUCACCAGCGUCUCCCUGGUCGAGUCCCUCGUGACGCCCGCAGCGGUCGGCCACCUCCUCUCGCGCUCGACGGCCGUCAAGUCCUUCGAGUACUGCCUGGGCAGCGCCGUCGUGGGGCACGACGACCUGCCCGUCGCAGACCUGUGGCCGCACCUGUACGCCGUCGGGCAUUCGCUCGAGGCGCUGACGAUCGACUCGGCCGAGCACGCCCUCUGGAGCACGCUGCACGGCGAGACGUCGCCGCCGCCGCUGUGCCUGGCCCUGCGCCGCUUUCCGCGCCUGAAGCGGCUCGCUGUCUCCCAGGCCUUUCUUCUCCCGGCGUCCGGCCUGCACGAUGCUGAGGAAGAAGGAGAAGAACAAGAACAAGAAGACCCAGACGACCACGAGCGGCGGGACGACACGACGAGCCGGGCUGUCGUCGUCGUCGUCGUCGUUCCCCUCGCACCGGCGCCGGGGGCUUACCGCCGCAUCGUGGAGGAGGACCUGCCCGCCUCGCUGGAGUCCCUCGCCAUGCUCGGCGCGCAGAUGGGCCACGAGAACAGGCUCGAUCUGCUCUGCUUCUUGCGUCUGCUCCUCCGCCCCUCGGUCCCUCCUCACGGAUCUGGAGACUCGGGCAGCACUGGUGAUCAGAGCAGCGGCAGCGGCACAAGCAGCACUCAUGCCCUUCUCCUCCCGCGUCUUCGAACGAUCGAUAUCACGAGGGCUGUCGCCACGCGAGUCGGACGUCCGGCCCCCGCACGGUCUGUCUUUGGUGUGAGCUGUGCGCGCCACACGGACGAGACGAAGGGCAUGUUUGAACGGUGCGGUGUCGAGUUUCUUGCGUAG